AUGGCGGAGCCUCCGCAGCCGGGCGCGGCGCGGGUGUUUCUGCGCGACACGAGCCUCCGCUUUGAGGCUGAGGGCGUGGAUGUGCUUCGCUACAGUCAUGCUGCACGCCUGCUGCUGGUGAUUCGCCGCGGCAGUAUUACCGCCUACAGCAUCGACCGGCCCAGCCAGGCACCACAGGGGCCGCGCAAUGCCGCUGUGGUCGUCACGUAUGACAGGCCGAUUAGCAUCGAGCACAAGUAUGAUAUUGUGCUGUACUGA